GAAGAAACUCAUUGGCAUAUAUCUAUCAAGCUCCUGUCAAACGCGGCUUUGACCUCUAUGUCGUGCAAUAGAAAUACAGCGGCUGCUUGCCCAAAGCUAGCUAGCGGAUUCAAGAAGUGUGUCUAAAAAUUUCUCUCUCCAUGGCAAGCACUUGCAGAUUAUGUGUUCUCGUUAUAGCAAGUGUAUUAUGGCUUGGUUUUUAUGCCUUGUUUGCCUAUGUAAUUUUUCUUGGAAUAAACCAUACAACAAGUACAUUAAUUAGGCAGAGCCAUGGUAAGUGCAUUCCGUCUGCCUGCGGUAACAUCCACAACAUAACCUAUCCUUUUCGACUAGACAAAGUUCCAAAACCAAACAACUGUGCCGGCGGGCGAUGGUAUCUUGACCUCUCUUGCGACAAUAACCUCACAGUGUUACACUUAUAUUCCGGAAAGUUUUACGUGCAGGCAAUCAACUACGACAACCGCACAAUCCGAGUCGUGGAUGCCGGCAUUCGCAGCGACAAUUUCUCCUCCAUCCCCCAUUAUUCGCUGGCCCCUUACAACUUCAGCUCUUUCGAUUCGUGUUUUCCAUCACCAUCAACUACCACACCUGUAACUUUCUUCAAGUGUACAAAAGCAGUGAAUUUAUCUUCUAUGACGAGUGCGUAUGAUUAUGUGAAGGGAGGCAAUAUAACGGCGUCGGAUUUGGAGGAUGGGUGUAGAAUAGAGUGGACCACUAUGGUGAGUACGUCGUUGUACAAAAAGGACCGAAACGUUUCGUAUCAACACAUACACAACGCACUGGUGUAUGGCUUUGAGCUUCAAAUCAACGUUCGGCGCUUCGUGAGUAUAGAUACUCAAAUGAUCGGACUGGGAGAAUUUUUCCUAGUAAAAUCUAUACUUGGGUUUCCAUUUGUGGCUGCUAUUAUAAUCUACAAAUGGCGUAGAAGGCAUUUGUCCAUGUAUAACACCAUCGAAGACUUUCUGCAAAGCAAUAACAACUUCAUUCCAAUACGAUACUCUUACUCAGACAUUAAGAUGAUGACCAAUAGAUUCAGUGAAAAGCUGGGUGAAGGAGGAUAUGGCUCUGUAUUUAAAGGAAAGUUACGAAGUGGCCGUUUUGUAGCAGUUAAGAUCUUGGGGAAGUCUAAAGAUAACGGACAAGAUUUCAUCAGUGAGGUAGCCACAAUUGGGAGGAUUCACCAUGCUAAUAUUGUUAAUCUUGUCGGUUAUUGUGUUGAGGGAUCAAAGCGUGCCCUUAUUUAUAACUUCAUGCCUAAGGGGUCUCUUGAUAAAUAUGUUUACUCAAAAGAAAGAAGCAUCUCCCUAAGUUGCAGGAAAAUGUAUGAGAUUUCGCUUGGAGUGGCUCAGGGGAUCGAAUAUCUACAUCGAGGUUGUGACAUGCAAAUUCUACAUUUUGACAUCAAGCCUCACAAUAUUCUUCUUGAUGAGAAUUUUAUCCCAAAGAUUUCUGACUUUGGGCUUGCAAAGCUAUAUCCAGUAGGUAAUACCAUCGUCUCCUUGACGGCAGCAAGGGGAACAAUGGGAUACAUGGCUCCUGAGUUGUUCUACAAAAAUAUAGGAGGUGUCUCAUACAAAGCUGAUAUCUAUAGUUUUGGAAUGUUGUUGAUGGAAAUGGCAAGUAGAAGGAAGAAUUUGAACUUAGACAUAGAGCAUUCAAGCCAAAUUUGUUUUCCUCUUUGGGUCUCAGAGCAAUUUUGCAUGGGCAAAGAGUUUGAGAUGGAUGAUGCUACAGAAGAGGAAAAGAAAAUAAUAAAAAAGAUGAUUAUAACUGCUUUAUGGUGUAUACAAUUGAAGCCAAGUGAUCGUCCUUCGAUGAACAAAGUUAUAGAGAUGCUUGAGGGAGAGGUUGAAUGCUUGCAACUCCCUCCCAAGCGUCUUUUAUGUCCACAACAAGAGAUGCCCAGAGACAAUCUUCAUGGUAAUUCAAAUCCAAUGUGUUCUAACACAGAGCUAACAUGUACUCUGUCAGCUAGGUGAUGAACUUUAGUGCAAUUUUAUUAUGAUUUAAACAAUUAUCUUAUGUUUCAAAUGCCACGAUUUUUAUGUCUCACAUCAAUA